AUGAAAUAUCAUUGUAAACUGGAUCGGAUCCAAAUAUCCAAUGCCUGUAACUACACCGGAGUUUUCUGUUUACGCUUGCCGGAUAAUCGCCGGAUCCGUACAGUCGCCAUAAUAGAUCUCAAUCACGCCGAUAUCGCUGCGUAUUUUCCUGAGGAGCUUGGUUUGUUAACAGAUCUCGCUUUGUUCCAUGUCAAUUUGAAUCGUUUCUGUGGAACGGUUCCACACUGGUUUAAGCAGCUGAAGCUUCUGUUAGAGCUCGAUCUCAGCAACAAUAGAUUCGCCGGGAAGUUUCCGACGGUGGUUCUUUAG